CCUGAGCGGACUUCGUAUGCUCGGCGGCAUUUGGACAAUCAGUUGACGUUGAAUGUUUCGUCUUGGCGGUCGCUGAAAACAAACCGCUGGCAGAAUCUUCGAUCGGGCCGAAGACCCCCCAAUCACAUAGCUUCUUGGCUAAAAUCUAAAAUAGACCAUUUUUUUCUGGUGUUCUGUCAGUUGUUCCUGAGUGUUCUGUGCGUGUAUUAUGUGCCAGAGAAGUGGAAAGCUUUGAAAACGAAUUCGAGUCUAAACGAAAGGGUGUCCUUUUUUGGUCCUAAAAUGUCCUGGCCAACUCUGGUCUUCGUCCUAGCCGUGGCCCUGGGCCUCGGCCAGGCUCUGGAGAGCGUGGUUCAGCCCACCUGUAGCCUCAAGGACAACUGUAAUCUGGGCGAGAACCUCCUCACGAAUCCUGGCGGGGCCGAUGGCUCCGUCGACGUGUCUGGCGACAAGCUGGAGAGCAAGAUAGCCUCCAUCUUCGAGGAUAAGGUCAACUACAGUCUGAAGCUGUUUGCGGACGACGCCACCACCACGAUCCUGGAGUAUCAGACGGCCAAUCUCAGCGACCUGCACGCAGGACCUCUGGGGAACUUUUCGAUCCACCAGCUGGAGAAGAGCCUGGAGGAGGACGACCAGGUGGAGGAGGAUGAGAGAGUCUAUCUGUACAACAUUGGGAAGCGAUUCCUGGCCAUAACCCAGCCGUUCGAUCCUGCCAGGAACCCCGACGCCUCUUCGCUGUGUCGCCGGCAGAUGCGACAGUAUCUGAGCGCCUUGGACAACUUUGAUCUGUGGGCCUUGAAAAUGCACGACGCCAGCGGAAAGCUGAACUCUGGCAUUUUGAACGGCAACAUCAAUCAGCCGGGAGACUUCGACCAGUGUAUGGGCAUCCAGCAGCCCAUGAGGGAGCAGGAUCAGGAUCAGGAUCAGGAUGGGGAGAACCUUCUCCGGGGACAGUACUGCCUCGCGUACGCCCAGCCAGUCCUGCCCCACAAAUCGAAGCGCCUCCAGAGCUUCUUCAAGCUCCUCCAGUCCCACGGACCCUUCAAGAGCGAGUUCAACGACCCCGGACACCGUGUGCCCCGCUACUCCCUGAUCAACUGGGGCAUCUGCGUGCCCUCCGGCUGCUCCGCCCGCGACGUGGAGUACACCGUGGCGGAGUAUCUGGCCAACCAGACGGCGUCCACGGGAAUCACCUUCAAUGUGCGAGUGGAGCCUCAGAUGUGCCAGGUGCGUGAUCAGCGUCCCUGGGACCGGAACACCACCUGGGCGGUGCGGUUCUUCCUGCUGGUUCUCUCCAUCGCAGUGCUCUCCACCAUCUACGAUCGCUCCACCAAGUCGCAGCCCAAGCAGAAUGCCUGGUGCACGGCCUUCUCGCUGGACAAGAACCUGCGCUGGCUCUUCAGCACCAGCAGUGCUCCCGGAGACAUUGAGGCGGUGCAUGGCAUCCGCUUCCUCAACGCCAUGAUGCUUAUCUUCUCGCACAAGUCGAUGGCCAUGUUCUUCAACCCGUACAACAACCGGACGGCCAUGUCCGAGAGCCUGGGCCAGCCGUGGACGGUGAUUGGACGGGCGGCGUCGCUCUACACGGAUCCCUUCCUGCUGUUCAGUGGCAUGCUCACGUCCUACUCCCUGUUCGGCCGCCUGAUGAAGCAGCAGCCCAUCCGGCUGAAGAACGAGUACGUCAGCCGGCUGAUGAGGAUCGUCCCGCCGCUGGCCGCCCUCAUCCUGUUCUGCACCUACGUCCUGCCGCUGUGGGGCAGCGGGCCGCAGUGGAACCUGGUGGUGGGCCACCACGCCGACAUCUGCAAGAAGAACUGGUGGCGCAACCUGCUCUUCAUCCACAACUACUUCGGCUUCAGCGAGAUGUGCCUCACGCACACCCACCACCUGGGCAUCGACACGGAGCUGUUUGCCGUGGCGCCCCUGCUCAUCCUGGGGCUCUGGCGCUGGCCCCGCCGCGGACUGGCCUUCCUGCUGCUCCUCUGCACGGUGGGCACGGCGGCCCGGUACUACACCACGAUCGUCAACCAGCUCUCCAACUACAUAUACUUUGGCACCAACAUCCAGCGCCUGUUCCGGACCGCCGACUACAUGUACUCCUUCCCGCCCCACCGAUCCACCGUCUACAUCAUGGGCAUCCUGCUGGGCUACGUUCUGCGCAAGUUCCAGAACGCCAAGCUGAGCAGCCUACAGCUGCGCCUCGGCUGGCUGGGAGCCACCGUCUGCCUUCUGGCCUCGCUCCUGGGCCCCGCCCCGAUGGGCGACAUCAACUACGUGUACAACUCCACCCACGCAGCCAUCUACGCCGCCUUUGCGCCCAUCGCCUGGUGCCUGUUCUUCUCCUGGAUCGUCUUUGUCUCGCACAACGGAUACAAAAAUAAACUCACGAAGCUGUUUGCCUGGCGCGGUUUCCAGGUGUCCACAAAGCUCUCGUACGCCAUCUACCUGACGCAGUUCCCCGUCUUUUUCUUCAACGUCGGCCGGAGGCGUCACAUCCACCACUACUACAACUUUGUCUCGAUAAUCCUCGACACCAACGAAUUCAUCUCGAUCUUCCUGGCCUCCGUGGCCCUGACGGUGCUCUUCGACGCGCCCUUCCAGAACCUGAAGAAGCUGCUCAUCAAGCGCCCCGCCGCCACCGCCCUGGCCCCCAAGGCGGAGGAGGCCGCCCCAACGACACAGCCCAUCACUGCCCCCCUCCACCCGCACUCCGAUUAGUCCUGCCCGUCCGACAGCUUCUAAUCUUGUAAAUGUCUCCCUCUGUAGCAUUUAGUGGCAACUAGGAUUAAGUCCGGUCCAUUCCCCAUCCCUAGGCUUAGUGGAACGCUUUAUACUUUGUAAAUUACUGUACUGUUAGUCAACCAUCAACUAUCUUGCUUGCUAGACGGGUCUGGGACUUGCGCCGGGAGCCUGGGGGCGCCGCCUCCGGGGCCCAGGCCGACCUGCUCGGACCAGGAUUCGUAGAAUACUUACUUUACUUUAAGCCAGGUCGAAUGUCAGUUUUUUUUAUGGUAAUUUAAUAAAUAAACUUAAACAUGUUACAAAAUAAAAUAGAUUGUUUUUGUAUCCAGAAGAUGUAGAACUGGAAGAUACUGACGCCCUGAAAGUAUGCAACGUUGGAGACUUCACAUCCAGAAACUAAAAAGAAACAAAUUCCGCGCUCCCAAUUGUAUCUAUUCUGCUGUUUCGUUCAAGUACAUAUUUCCAGGCUAGUUUUUUAUGAAUAUUCCUAGUUGAUGGCCAAUAUAUACUGGCCAAGAGUGGAAAAACUGCAUGCCGGAACAAGGCACAUGGAUCUUUCAUUCAUAAAUAUGUGAACAGAAUCUAAACUUCUUCAAGAAGAGGGUUCGGAACACAAUCUUCCUAAGUAUCUCUUAAACGUGGGCCCAGUGCUUCAGAAGUCUCUGGAUGAAAACAAACUGAAAGCGCGGAAACACAUGGGGCCCUAAGGUUAAGUAUACCCACAAUUUAAUGGAAACCGCAGCCAUUACAUGGCACUCUCCACACGCCCAGCUAGCGAGGCUCUCGCCUGGCCGCUUGGGAACUGUAAGGAACACGUCCCUCCACUCACCACAUGACUGGCAAUAACUCAUGGAACGUGCUUCCGCCGCUGCCCGUGGACCCAGCCAGUACUUCCACUUGGCUUAUGUAAACUCCUUGGUGCGCCUGCUCCGUCGGUUCCUCCUUUCCAUGAGUUAUUGCUGCCGUGUGGCGAGCAGUCGACGCGCGCAGUCCCAGAGUCCAAGCACUAGCAUUAGAGCCGCCCAGCUGGCGGGCUUUCGGCGGUUUCACAUUAAAAAAAAAAAGGGGGUACACCUCUGUCGGGUGUCGGUUGUAGCUGCUUUGCCGCACACUGUCGCACUUCAAAAAAAUAGUCACCGUGGUUCACUUAAUAAAAAAAAAGUUUCAUUUAUUAGCUCGAGCUUUUAUUAGCUUGCUGCACUGAAGAUUUUGAGUCGCCGCUUCUGAUGGAAAUG